GUGUUUUUAUAUAAAACAAAAAAAUAAAUAUAUUUCAAAAUAAUAUAAAAUAACAACAACACUUGAUAGAAAUGUGAAAAAAAGGCAAAAAGGAAUACACAAAAAUAUAUUGUGUAAGCCUCUUCAUAAUACACCAGAGGUUUACACUUUUUUUCAAAUAGAAAACUUAACUAAAAAAUAAAAUAUUUUUUUUUUAUUUGUUUCCUUUAAGCAUUUUACAAGAAAGAAAAAAAAUACAAGUGUAUUUAAAAAAAGUGUUUGGGUUUUUGUGGUAUUUCCCUAAUGAGACCUUAAGUGACUAAUUAUCAUAAAAUUCUACUACGGUUUUUGCUGCAGUUCACCACUUUAAGUUUUCACACACAAAAUCUCCUGGAAAAAAAAUAUUGUAUUUAGUUUAUACCGUAUACAAAAAUAUUUACUAAAAAGAUUAUCAAUAUCUUGUAUAGUGUUGACAUUAGUUGCAAGUCUGUUUAAAAUUCAUUAGGAAACUGAUUAAAUUGCUGCAAGAAAAAAAUAAUAAAGAACAUAAAAAUUCAUGACCCACCAACAACAUGUGGUUGCAACAUGAAAAUAAAGCAUUAAAAUUUCAUAAUAAUUCAUAGUUUUUCGUUGAAAAGGAAAAAAUCUAAAAACAAAUGUGGCGCCAUGUUAAGGAUGAUUUAUGAAAAAACCAACAAUAAUAAAGUAAAACAUUUUAUUAAAAUAUUAUUUAAUUAUUAUGAGACCACAGUGAAAUUGAAACGUUUAAAAAUUCAAAGGUAGUCUCAAUAAGAGAAAAAUUAAAUAAAGUAUAUUGCCGCAAAAAAGUAAUAAAAUUUAAAUAAAAUAACGGAAACGUUUUUAACAAAAGAAUUUUACAAAAUUUAUGUCAUUCCUUUCUAUUCUGUGCUUAAGAGAAAUAAAAAACUUGAAAAACAAACGAUGCUGGCUAUUAAUAUUAUUAUGAAUUUAGCAAAAAUUAUGCUUAUCUUUAAUGGCCUUAAUGUGUCACUGAACAAUGUAGAUGCCACCAUUAGCCCCAGCUCCCUUGCCAUGUCCAGCAGCAGCAGCAGCAGCACAACGAAAGACCAUAAAGAGGAAAUAAUGGAUGAGGAGCAGCCGAAUAAGCUGGGACAGUCGGUGGCGGUGGAUGUCAUAGAUGUUUUAAAUAUACGACAUGAACGUUCCAAACAACGCAGACAUUCCACCUUAACCGAAAAGGAGCAACAGCUGCAUCUGCCACAACCAAAACAGCAGCUACAUUUAACAAGAACAUUAUAUGAAAACAAUCCAGGGAAUAAGGAAUUACAUUUACAACACAAAGUUGAUGAACAAAAGGCUGUUGAUGGCACGAACAUUGAUGGUGAUGAUGAUGAUAAUGAGCACCAGCAAAUCCCAUUGAUGGCUGAAACAGAAUUGAACGAGUUUUCACAAAAAUUUCAUUCAUCGAUUAGCAAUGAAGAAAGUGCUGCUGGUCCAAAUGAACAUUCGAAAAAACUAGUUGCAGAUGGUCAUGUUGAUGUAAAUGACAUUGAUGUUGUUAACAAUGUUACUGAACAUUUGAAUAAUGUAAAUGAUGCAAUUGUUACCAAAGAUAGCAGCAGUAGCAGUAACAGUGGUACCAGCAAUAUUCAUAGCUUGUUUGAGGCCACUGCGGCAACACAUCAUUUAACACCUUCUGCACCAUUUCCCACCACAACCCUAAAAACUGUGACUCACAAAAUACGAAAAUUGCAUAAAAAGAAAAUUGUUGAGAGUUUGCGACAAUUGAAUAUUGACAAAUUCAAUACAAAUGGUGGUCAUUUGACCAAAAAUCAUCAUCGCAGUUUGCUAGAAGCAGAACAACUACAACAGCAAGCUCAGUGGCAGGAUACAAAUAAAAUUUCUCAUAAAGCAGACGAGAGUCAGCAGCAGCAGCAAGAGCAUCUGAAACAAACAACAACUGUUGCCAGCAUAGAUGCCAACAGUAGACAUCAAAUGGCCAAGGAGGAGGAGGAGGAGUACAACGACGAAGCUGAUAUGAUUACAAAUGAUAUUGACACAAAUGAAAGUGUAAACGAUAGUGAUUUACCAGAUAUAAUGGAUAAAGAUGAUGCUGGUGAUGGCGAUGAUAAUGAUGAUGAUGAUAAAGAAGAUGAUAAUGACAAUGAUGAUAAUUUGUCGGAUGUAUUCUAUCAAAAUGAUGAGAAUGUUUCAAAUGUCAAUGAUGAUGAGGAUGAUAAUGAUGACGUUGAUGAAUUAUAUGUCACCACCCACCCCACACUUUUGGAUGACAAAUUCGAUAAGCAAUUUAAAAACUUCUCCUCUGAAUUCAUUAAAGACAUUGAUAAUAAUGUGGAUUUGGAAGAUAACGAAACAGAAAAUGAAAAUUUAUUAACUUCCUGGCAUGAAAUAAAAGAUUUGAAAUUUAAACCAUUAAAUUUAUCCAGCAACUCUUUAAAUAAUCUUCUAAAUAACUCUACAGAGGAUGCCUUGAAUUCAACAUCCACCACAGAAUUUCCCUAUGAUUUUCCCUUCUCCUCGGAAGAUCAUUCUUUUGAACCGCUACUCUCGGCCAGCACUAGCCAAGGUGGUAUACAAUUCGAACAUCAACAAUCACAAUUCUAUGAAAAAGAAGAAAUAAACUUCAAUGACUCGUUCGAUUUAACACAAGAUGAUGCCUCAGCUUCUAAAGAUCUUAUAAUGGAUGAAGCCGUUAUGGAAGAUGGAGAUGCUGACAGCGGUCAUGCUAAUGGUUUUCCUUUAAGUAGUCUCGAUGAGUCGGACUCUGAAACAGAUACCGAAACUGAGGGCAUUUCAGAUGUGGCUGCUGAUGAUGAGACCAAUCAUUUUCUGGAAGGUGUUGUGGAUGCUGCCAAUUCGGAAGAAAUUUACGAUUGGGAUGAAAUAUCGCGUAGUAAUCGUCGUGAUUUAAUGCAUGGUCGUGACGUGGUGACGAAAUUUUUGCAAAUUGUCGAAACUCAGCAUUCGCUCGGUUCGAAUUGUGAGGCCGGUACAUCGUUGAAUUUGGGCGAGGGCGUAGUUGAUCGUUAUGCACAGGAUCGUUUUCGUAUCGAAGCUGAAGUGGCUGUUAAUCGUGCCAAUAUGUUGACCAGGUAA